AUGUUGCCCGGUUUUGUACAUUUACCUUCAAUUUCAAAUCCCCCAACCCCUUUCCUCCACAAAUCUUAUUUCAACGCAUUUGUCUUCAGGCACGGGUCGAAGUCCCACACAUGCUUCACAUAUCCACCGUCCAAUCAAAAUCCGAUCAGCGGCGAGGAGUCACGGUGGCUGAGAGAGGAACAGCGGUGGCUGAGGGAAGAGAAGCGGUGGCUACGAGAGGAGUCCCGAUGGAACUCCGAGCGCCAAGCUUUGUUGCAGGAAAUAAGCAGCCUUAAGCUUAGAAUCCAAGAGCUUCGACGGCUUAAUUCAGUUCAAGGGGGAACCUCGGCCUCCGAUACUAUUGCGAAUUUUGCGAAACUGCUGCAGGUUCUGAAGGAGGGUGACUCGGGGAAGAUUGUGAACAGAAUUGCUGAGGGUGGUGAAAGCACUGUGCCGUUUAUAUUUGAGACCACAAAAAAAGAAGAGGAAGUUGCCAUAAAGGAAGUAAUUAGCAUUCCAGAUAAAAAGGAAAUAGCAAAAACGAGGGUAACUUUGAGAAAAGGAUCAGAAGGAGAUCAAGUUCGAGAGAUGCAGGAAGCUCUAGAGAAACUUGGAUUUUACUCUGGUGAGGAAGAUAUAGAAUUUUCAAGCUUCUCAAGUGGAACCGAGCGUGCUGUAAAAACUUGGCAAGCCACGAUAGGAGCCACAGAAGAUGGCAUUAUGACUUCUGAACUUUUGGAGAGACUUUUUGGAACUUCUGGUUCAGGAAUGAAUAAAACUUUAAAACAUGAAGCUGGUGAUGCAGAUAAGGAUGUAAACGGGGCCCCAGUCACUAGUAUUACAAAUACAUCUGAAGUUCAGAAGACUGUUGUAACAGAUGAGGGGGUAAACGAAUUUAAGGUGUCCGAACAUAGAGUUUUUCUUCUUGGGGAGAACAGGUGGGAAGAACCUUCGAGGCUUUCUGGAGGUAGCAAAAUGACAACAACAAAUAGUACUAGCAGAAGUGCUAUUACUAAGUGCGUUGCUUGUCGUGGAGAAGGCCGUUUAUUAUGCAUGGAAUGUGAUGGAACUGGGGAGCCAAACAUUGAGGAACAGUUUUUGGAGUGGGUGGAUGAAGGAGCAAAAUGCCCCUACUGUGAAGGUCAUGGAUACACAACAUGCGAUAUCUGUGGGGGAAACAACCGGUAA